UUUAAUGUUUGCGUUCUAAUAUUAUUGUUUUCGUUAUCUUAUCGCUGGGGACGCAAAACGACUCAUCGUCGCAUAGUCGCAUCUCCAUUCAGUGGAUCUUCGAAGAAAUCCACGACUAGAGGAAGAAGAAGAAGAAGCAUAGUCGCAUCGCCCUACACGGAAUUUCUUGCACCGAUAACAGAAACGAGAUAUGAAACUUCGUAAUCUGCUGGGCCGCCUGCUCCUCGGUGCCCUGGGUCUCCUGGUAUUCAACGAGUUUCUUAUCUACUAUUUUGUUCUGCUUGAGUGCCAAUGGCCUACGAAGCCACUUCCGGUCAACGGGUUGGAGCCGGUUAAGGUAAUGUUCCUGGCCGAUACGCAUCUGCUUGGACCCAUUCGGGGUCAUUGGUUUGACCGGUUGAGGCGCGAAUGGCAAAUGAAUCGAGCAUUCCAAACAGCGAUGACUCUAUUCAAACCGGAAGCCGUUUUCGUGCUGGGAGAUAUCUUUGACGAGGGUAAUUGGGUCAACCAGAAGGAGUUUGACGUGUAUGUGGAUCGAUUCCGGAAACUGUUUCACACCCCAAAGGAAACACAAAUUUAUUCCAUUGUGGGCAACCAUGAUAUAGGCUUUCACUAUGCCACUCAUCCAUAUUUGACGCAGAGAUUUGGGAAAGCUUUCAAUAACACCGGAGUGUCUCUGGUUAGCAUGCGAGGGGUCAAUUUUGUGACCAUCAACUCGAUCGCCAUGGAAGGCGAUGGAUGUCAGCUGUGCGAAACAGCCGAAAAGGAACUGAGAGCGAUUUCGAGCAUAUUUAAAUGCGGUCGAGGAAUCGGACAUUGUACAGGUGUUCCGAAGCUUGAGGAAUACAGUAAACCGAUCGUUUUGCAGCACUUCCCCAUGCAUCGGGACUCGGACAAAGAUUGUCGGGAACAUGAUGCUCCGAAUGUUGAGCUGUUCAGGGAACGAUGGGAAGUUAUCUCAAAGGAAUCGACUGAUUUGAUUGGGGAGCUGUUGAAUCCCCGGUUGGCUUUCGGAGGACAUUCGCAUCACUAUUGCCAUCUCGCUAGGAAUCGGCUGGGCAUCGAAGAGUACACUUUGGCAUCGUUCAAUUGGAGGAACAAAAAUAAUCCCAGCUUUAUUUUGGCACAAAUUUCCCUGUCGGAGCAUAGCAUUGCCCGGUGCCAGAUGCCCCAGGAGAGCACCGUGAUCACCGUCUACCUGAUGGGUGGUAUCGUGCUAAUCUCGCUCGUUCUAAUAUCGCUUCUUCGUCUGGGAACAUACCUCCGUCAUCUGCGGCUAUUUUCUCGCACCCGUCGAGAGUACAAAAAGCUUAUCAAAUAAAUUUCUCUCGUCGAAUGUGUUGUGAUAGCUAUAAACUAGAAAUAAGUCAUAAGCGUAAUGUAUACAGUAAAGAAAUAUGUGACAUCUUAUUGUGUUAGGGAAAGAGUGAAAUUAGAAGUUUUCGUUUUGAGAUUUUGGAGAGAUUCAAAUCAACAUAAAGUAUUGAACCCGUCCUUUGUAGUAAAAUUUUGCUUUUAGUUUAGUUUUCUUUUUUUAAUCUUUCCAAAUAGCGAAUCAUAUUUUCCAGAAAAAAAAACAUUUUGAUAUUAUUUCUUUAAUGUUCUAGUCCAAUACCUAAACCUACUUCCUCGAAAACUGCUCGAAACUAAUUCGAAUAUUUUUCACAAUGGCAAAUAAAAGACACACAUUCAAAACGUAACAACUUAUUUAGAAUAGAAAUGCAGAAGACAAAAAAGCAACACAAAAACAUUUUACACCAGUUUAGAAUCAUGGUAGAAAAUAAAUCGAUUG